GCAGACAUCGGUAAUGUUUUUUACAAUAGCAUGCAUUUUCAGAGUGGGUGGGGUAAAACUAUUUUCGUUACUUUCCUGAAUCUAAUCCAUACCUUCUGAAAGAUUAUGAUGACCGUCAAACCGCCAAAUAUCCUUGUUUACUGUUGUAAAAAGACUAGUGCAUUUGAGACAAUUUCAAAGGUAUUGAUGUCUUGUGUUGGGCAAGGAAGAUACACAUUUUAUCAGCUAGAUGAAUCAGAGCCAUGGCAAAGACAUUGUGCUCUUGUAGUCAUUGCAUCACAUCCUUUAGACGUCUCUCACCGGGCAGUAUGUCAGAUAAAACAGUACCGCCGGGAUGGGGGGAAGAUACUUAGCAUGGGUGGAUAUUUUUCAAUGUUACUUCCAUUGGAUUGCUAUGGAGAACCUCCAGGACCAUGCCUUGACGACUUGUGUUCAACACCAUCACAGCUCGAACUUGGCCAAGGCAUGGCAAAAUCGCUGCUCAUGAUACCUUCUAAAGCUUUUCAUGAUAAAGGUAUUUUAGCAAAGGCAUUGAUGGAGUUAGGAAUUGAUAGCAAAUCUGAUAAUUGUGUACAGCUACAACCAUUAAAUGUGUUCAGUCGCAACUCUUCUAUUUUAGAUCAAUAUUUCAACAGCUUAAAGCUAGCAUGUUCUGUUGACAAGAAUGGUGAGCUAAUUUAUCCUCUUGGAGAAGGCCAUCCUGAUUCUGAUGUAAGAAUCCUUAGAGGGAAAUGCAGCGAAUCUCGAUUUUAUGAUGACCACAAAGACAUAGACUUUCCAGAAGUUUUUGUACAUAGCAAAGCUGUAACCUCAACACAAGAUUUAUUGUGGAGUAAUUCCGUCCUGAGACAAGAUGUCUCAUCUAUGGCAAUACUUGCAGACAUUCAAAUUAUUGGAAAAGGUAGAGGAAAAAAUCAAUGGAUAUCACCUAAUGGAUCAAUGUCCCUAUCUUUUUACUUUACUCUUCAGCGGAAUACCCUAUUAACAAAGAAGUUGCCUUUUGUUCAAUACAUCAUUGCUCUUGCUACCAUCAAAGCAAUAAACAAUGCUUUUGCCACAAUUCCUGCACUGAAGAUCAAAUGGCCUAAUGAUAUCUACACGAUCAACGGAGAAAAGAUUGGUGGAGUAUUGGUAAAUUGUAGCACCAAUGGCACACUUACUCAGCUGUGUGUCGGUAUUGGACUCAAUGUCAAUAAUGAUGAGCCCACCAUAUCUCUUGCUAAGUUAACUGGAGAGACCAUUCCUGUGCCCAAACUGGCAAGUAAGGUAUGCCAUGCUUUCAUCGAAGAAGUGGAUCUGUUCAAUGAAUUAGGAUAUGAGCAGUUUGUUGAAAGCUUUUGUCAGAAUUGGUUGCAUCAGGACAAGAAAGUAAAGAUAAGUCUGGGAAAUGUAAACUGUGAUGCAAUCAUCAAGUCAAUUGAUUCAGAUGGAUAUCUUAGUGUUAUGAAUCUGACAACCCAAAAAUCAGUCUCUGUUCAACCAGAUGGGAACUCAUUUGAUAUGAUGGAAAAUUUAAUUGCUGUUAAGUCUUCCUAAUGAAUUUGUGUUUUGACUCAUACUUAGAUUAAGAGUGCUUUGAUUUCUAUUAUCACAGUGCUGGCAAGUACGACAGUCGCCAUUAUACUCACUAUACAAUUGUAAUAGAUUAAGAAGAACUAUCCUAAGGCAGCUGUUAUACUCAGCAAUAAAGAUUCAAUAAACAUCAGCUAAUUGGACACCAACUACCACCCUUAUCCCCAAAUUCUAGGUAUCGACCCAAAAGCAACCCAAAUAGAUUUGUACAGCAUAUGAUUGAUGUAAUAAAUCGAAACUUAUUAAAAACUUAAAGCCAUGAAUGAAUGGGAAAAGCGAGCAACCGAUUUCAUUCUUGGUAUCAUUUUGCAUAAAUGCGGAAGGUUAUUCAAAUUAAUAUCAUUUCUUUUUGUUUGGGAAAGAGAGACACUGGCAGCGGUCCACUCUACCCAUGAUUAUGGGUUUUGGUCAAAUUUAAGUCUUAGUAAUUUAUUGAAUUAGUUUUUUUACUGCCUUCGUGAUGUUUUGGAUUAAUCCUUUAUUUUAUUCUGUAAAUUUGGAUUUGAUGUGUACCUACUUAGUUUCUACUAGUAGAGAAUUAUUAAGUAAACAUGACAUGACGUUUAAUUUGGUAGUUUUAGAAUUGU